UAGCCAUGACAUGCUCUUGUUCUUUCUGAAUUCUCAUCAAUCCAACGCAUCCCUUCAAUCCAAUCACUGAAUAAAAAGCUAAUUUUGCAAAGCCCAAUUGCUUAUUUGUUUCUUUUCACAUAUUAAUCUGAUAAUUAAAUAAAAGGAUUCUUUUUUCUUCUUUUUAAAAAGCUGGCCACAUCUCUGUAUCUGUGAGUCUUUGGCCUAUGUUUUGGCUUUUUCUGUUGUGUUUGUAUCUUUGUGGUAUAUAUUAAGAAAAGAAAGAAUUAUAAUAGAGGGAGAUGAUGAUGUUGAAUGGAUAUGGUAGAGACCUUCAGUGAAGGAAGAAACAUAGCUCAAACAUAGAAUUUGUUGGGAUCAGUUCAUAUUCCAACAUCAUCAGAUCUCAAGAUUACCACCUUUUUCUGUUUUCUUUCUCGAGAAAAUUUCCUUUUUAUUCAUUCUAAUUGUGUAAAGACAGCAACUUUGAAGAAUUAUUGAUACUUGAAAGAGCAGGAUUUGUGGUUGCUAUUGAGUGAAAAAAGCAUCUAUCUUUUCUUUAUGUUUAGCGAAUUGGUUCUGAUUCUGAGAGUGCCCCUUUUAUUGUAAAUGGGUCAAAAGCAAUGUUGAAGAAGUGAUUUUGUAUGCAAAGAAUGUAUUUGUUGUUGUGUUAAUGUUUUUAUGGGGAGGCAAGUAAUCCCUUUUCUGAGAAGGUAAAUUGUAGAAAAUAGUAAUGGAGAGAAAGUGUUGUAUGCUGUGGCAUGUGGGACUGCUGGUUUUAACAUUGAUGGAGAUUUGUUAUGCUUCUCUUUCCCCUACUGGUAUCAAUUAUGAAGUUGUUGCUUUGACGGAAAUUAAGAAGGCCUUACAUGAUCCUUACAAUGUUCUGGAGAAUUGGGAUGUCACUUCUGUCGACCCUUGCAGUUGGAGAAUGGUCACAUGUACAAAUGAUGGAUAUGUUUCUUCUCUUGGACUACCUAGUCAAAGUUUAUCUGGAACCUUAUCACCUGGAAUUGGAAACCUCACUAAAUUGCAAUCUGUAUUGCUGCAAAACAAUACUAUUUAUGGUCCUAUUCCUGGUGUGGUUGGUAGUUUAGAAAAGCUUGAGACACUUGAUCUUUCCAACAAUAAAUUUGAUGGAGAAAUACCUGCUUCGUUCGGAGACCUCAAUAAUUUGAAUUAUUUACGAUUAAACAACAAUAGCCUCACAGGAUGCAUUCCUCAAUCUCUCUCUAGCAUUGGAGGCCUUUCUCUUGUGGAUGUUUCUUUUAAUAAUCUUAGGGGUCCAUUGCCCAAAAUAUCUGCAAGAGCUUUCAAAGUUGUUGGAAAUCCUUUGAUUUGUGGCCAAAGUUCUGGGAAUAAUUGUUCAGCAGUGUAUCCAGAACCACUGUCCUUCCCACCAGAUAGUUUAGGAGAUCAAAAAGCAGGAAGUAAAAGCCAUCAUGUGGCUGUUGCUCUUGGAGCAAGUUUUGGUGCUGCUUUCUUGGUUAUAAUAGUUAUAGCACUGGUUCUUUGGUGGCGCUACCGACAUAAUCAGCAGAUCUUCUUUGAUGUCAAUGAACAAUAUGAUCCAGAGGUAUGCUUGGGUCACUUGAAAAGGUAUGUCUUUAAGGAACUUCGGACUGCAACUGACCAUUUCAGCUCAAAAAAUAUUUUGGGUAGCGGAGGAUUUGGAGUUGUGUACAAGGGCCGCUUAAAUAAUGGAACUGUUGUGGCUGUCAAAAGAUUGAAGGACUACAAUGCUGUUGGUGGUGAAAUCCAAUUUCAGACAGAAGUCGAGUUAAUUAGUCUGGCUGUCCAUCGAAAUCUUCUCCGUCUUUGGGGUUUUUGUUCAACUGAAAGUGAGCGGCUUCUUGUUUACCCCUAUAUGCCAAAUGGAAGUGUAGCAGCACGAUUAAAAGAUCACAUCCAUGGCAGGCCAGUUUUGGACUGGUCAAGGCGGAAAAGAAUAGCAGUAGGUACAGCAAGAGGGCUAGUAUAUUUGCAUGAGCAGUGUGACCCUAAAAUUAUCCAUCGUGAUGUCAAAGCAGCCAACAUUCUAUUGGAUGAGGAAUUUGAAGCAGUUGUAGGAGAUUUUGGGUUGGCAAAACUCUUGGAUCACCGGGAUUCUCAUGUAACGACUGCUGUCAGGGGCACAGUUGGUCACAUUGCUCCAGAAUAUUUGUCAACCGGUCAAUCAUCAGAGAAGACUGAUGUGUUUGGGUUUGGAAUCUUGCUUCUUGAGCUAAUUACAGGUCAGAAGGCUGUGGACUUUGGACGAGGGGCCAACCAGAAAGGUGUUAUGCUUGAUUGGGUAAAGAAGCUUCAUGUAGAGAAAAAGCUGAACCUUAUGGUGGACAAAGAUUUGAAGAACAACUUUGACCGGAUUGAACUUGAAGAGAUGGUUCAAGUUGCCCUUCUGUGUACCCAAUUCAUUCCAACUUAUCGGCCAAAGAUGUCGGAAGUACUAAGGAUGUUGGAGGGAGAUGGUUUAGCUGAAAAAUGGGAGGCUUCACAAAAAGUGGAGACUCCUAGGUACAGAACGUCUGAAAAUACACCAAAGAGAUAUUCUGAUUAUAUAGAAGAAUCAUCACUAGUAGUUGAAGCAAUGGAGCUUUCAGGACCUAGAUGACAUCUGCUUAUCGUUCUUCUCCUUGCACGUUCUAUCCUUGAAUUGAAAAUGAGAAAUAGCUGUUGGAAUGCAUGUAUUAAUCUGUAAAAAGAACACAAAGUUCCAUGUAUAAUUCGCUUCUUUUAAUCAACAGCUAAGUUCAUAGUUCUCUCCCUCUCAAUUUUGAGAAAAUGUGCCAUUUAUUUUCCGAAGCUGGGGGCAUAAGUCAGCCAUCCUCAUGUACAUUGUUCUGAUUGAAUAAUUAUUAUAUCUAUUAAUAUAUCCAUGCUACUCAUUA